AUGACAGCUGCAAAGCGAGUCUUUGAUGUCUCGUUUGUGGAACCGCUUGAUGAGAAGUUCACAUGUCCUAUCUGUCAUCUAGCAUUUAGAGAACCAACUCUAACUCGAUGUGGCCAUCAUUUUUGUAGCAGCUGCUUGACGCAAUGUCUACAACAGUCUGCUUCUUGCCCCGUGUGUAGGAUGCCAUUGGAAGAAUCGAAUACUUUCCCCAACAAUGCACUGAAAAGAGAAAUACUGGACUUGAAGAUCAAAUGUUGUUUACACGAGAAAGGAUGUGCAUGGACUGGUGAACUAAGAGAUGGUGAGAUGCAUGACAGAGAAUGUCAGUAUGUGGACGUUACUUGUGUGAAUGGAUGUGAACAACUUGUAAUGCAAAUAAACAUGAAUAAUCAUGUAGCAAAUGAGUGCCCUCAACGACUGAUCUCUUGCAAGCAUUGUAACAUCAUUGUGAAACAAGUAGAAAUGGAAGAUCAUUAUGAAGAGUGUGACCAGUAUCCUAUAGACUGUACAUACAAGUGUGGCAUGAUGGUACAAAAAUGUAGAAUGGAACGUCAUAUUGGCAGGCAGGGAACAUGUACAAAGAUUCUUCUUGAUUGUGACUUCAAAGACAAUGGCUGUCAAUUUCAAGGAUAUCGUCAUGAUUUAUACAAACACGUUGAAAACAACAUUGGUUUGCAUCUUAGUUUGAUUGCUAGUGCACUCAAAGAAACAAAGGAGAAAUCUGCUGCUAAUGAACUCAAAUUAGAACACGAACUGAAUAUUGCAACAAGAGAACUAAAAGCUACUAAAGAUGAACUGACAAAAACUAGAAAAGAACUGAGAGAAACCAAAGAUGAACUGGAAAAAACUACAAAAGAAGAACUGGAAAAAACUAGAAAAGAACUGACUGAAGCUACAGCAAAAAUUUCUAGAGAGAGCCAUAGAAGGUGUUUGUCUCUUUUACCACAAAUAUCAGAAAAGUUUUUGUUCACUUGGACCAUAAAUAAUUGGCAUGAAAAGAUGAGAGCUCUAAACAACUAUGCGUUGUUUAGCAAUCCAUUCUACGUUCCUCCUGGGUAUCACUUGUACCUUAAAGCUUAUCCAAACGGUGGCAAUGCUUACAGCAGAGGUUAUCUUGGUCUGUAUCUAUUUUCAACUGAAGGUGAUUUCGACAAUGAAGUCAAAUGGCCAUUUCCCUUUUCUUGUGACUUUGAACUUGUAGACCAACAAGUUGACAGGAGGAGAAGUAUUUGCAUGGAAAUAUCACCACCAUAUCCUCCUCUUCAUGACGGUUAUGGUUAUAGAGAGAUUGUUUCUCAUGACAGAUUGAAGUCACGUUGUUACAUAAAAAAUAAUGCAAUUUGCAUAAAACUGCAUGUCUAUCUCGAUUAUGACUGACAAACAUUUUAAAUAUUAUUGAUGUUUUGACUUAUACGAAGAUGUUUAGUUGCUCGAUCUGUCACUGCUUUUAGUAUUGUUUG